GUUCCAUCUUACUCGUUUGUCUCUCUCCCUCCCUCUCUCUUCCUUUUUUCUCUCUCAAAAAAGCAAUUUUCUGUUAAUUUUGUUACUUUUAUUAGUAUUUUUAAAUCUAAAACUAUUUCUCAUGGAGUUUUGGAUGGUUUCAGACAUUUACUUGGAUCAUACACGACAAGGUUUUCAGAAGCUACAGAUUUCAAUUCCAAAUCUCCAUUGCUCCUAAGACUCGUUUUAUUAAAACAUUUCGAUAAACAAAGAAGAAUGUUGCAAGACGUUGUACAUCCGCCUGACCAACCUCCUAUGGAAGAAGUAUCGAGUCCUCUUAGCGCUCAGAUAUUGGAGUUCUGUGAAUCGGAUUUAUUCCAAGAAACUAUACACAACUCCGAGAUUGCAUCUACAUUGAAUUGUUGCUAUGAAGAACAAUCAUCAUCAUACGUAAAAAACCUCUCUUUCCCUAAUUCCGAUAUGAUGAAAUACCCAACACCUCCUAACACCGCCACCACAUCAGCCAACACCGACUUGUUCCAAGAAAAACUUAUAGAAAAUGACCUUUCUGCCCCUAUAGACUUCACAACCCUCCCUCACUAUCCCUUUAGUCAGCAAGAUCAGUUCGAUCUCUCUCUUCUCCAAAACCAGAUUUCACUAGCGACCGAUGGGCCUAUUCCUUCAUACCCUCAUCCAAAUGAUCAUGCGGACGUUUUGUCCAUUAUGGGACCCAUGGUCUGCGAAGACGACUGCCUAUCUUCCAUGCCACCUUCUAAGUGCAUGCGUUUGAACAACCCUAAUUCGUCCCCUAAUAACCAUUGUUUCAUGGAUCAUCCCUACCUUCCAUCAGGAAACUCAAACCCUAUCUUACAUGUCGACAAUUGUGGAAUUUUCAGUGGGAAUUUGUCGUUGGCAAACGAACUUCAGGCUCAUGAACUCGAAUUCCAAGGUGAUAACAGUGGCAUCUUCUGUCCAGAUACCCUCCCACGCCAUUACAAUUCUAAUGAGCUUCAGGCACUUAGUAAUGAAAGCCAGCAUCUGGUUAACAAUGGAGUCGGAAGCUGCAAUCCACCUUUAGCACCUCCAGAAAUCACGAGCUUGGAAUCGGAAAGCUUCAGAGUGGCCAACAAACUCACCAGCGAAGAACGAAGAGAAAAGAUUCAUAGAUAUAUGAAGAAAAGAAACGAAAGAAACUUCAGCAAGAAGAUCAAGUAUGCAUGCCGAAAAACUCUAGCAGACAGCAGGCCUAGAGUGAGGGGAAGGUUCGCUAAGAACGACGAAUUUGGAGAGCAUCACAGAAGCACUUGCAACACCCAUGAAGAAGACACUGAUGAAGAUGUAAAAACUGUCCAGCAGGUGGUGGUGAAGGAAGAAGCUCAUGAGAAUCUGGAUUCGUCGGAUAUAUUUUCGCACAUACACAAUUCAUUAAGAUGCAUUUUGCAGGAACGUACCUGUGAUAUGGAAUAUAUAUAG